AUGCCUUCCAACAGUGAAGAUACAGCCCAGCUCUCCGGCACAACAUACACAUCCAACAUCGCUUCUCCUUCUCCUCCUCCUCAUCCGAGUUCUGUCAGUGCCCCAAACUAUGGCACUUUUGAUCCUCAGCUUCACAACCAGGAUCAUCAACACCUCCUCUCGUGCCUCGAAUCCUCAUUAGAGGCAUGCUUCGAGAUCUGUUUGGAUGAGGACGACAAUGAUUCCUCCUCCUCUUCUAGCUCCUAUUUCCUCUCGGCGCAACAAAGCGAAGGCUCAUCAACAUCGUACCCACCUUCGCUCUCUUCAGAAGACUCUUUUGCGGAAACAGGCUCCUUCCGCUUUGAAGACCAAUCAAGCGAUUCUGAAGCCACACUAGAGGGGAGAAGGCCGGGAAAGGACUUUGGAUAUAGAAAGGCAUGCUUCGAGAUCUGUUUGGAUGAGGACGACAAUGAUUCCUCCUCCUCUUCUAGCUCCUAUUUCCUCUCGGCGCAACAAAGCGAAGGCUCAUCAACAUCGUACCCACCUUCGCUCUCUUCAGAAGACUCUUUUGCGGAAACAGGCUCCUUCCGCUUUGAAGACCAAUCAAGCGAUUCUGAAGCCACACUAGAGGGGAGAAGGCCGGGAAAGGACUUUGGAUAUAGAAGUCACGAGCCAAUGCAAUAUCCGGGAAAUGGAGGGUCCUGAGCAAUCACGCCAUGUUUGUUUCACGCCAUGUUUGUUUCACGCCAUGUUUGUUUCACGCCAUGUUUUGAGUUUUUUAAUUCCGUGAUGGUAAACAAAAAACGUUAUAUUCGAUAGCUGUAGCGUACCAGACAGCCCUUCGACAAUGCUCAUAUUUAGCAUUUAGUGUAAUAAACUGAGUUCAAAAUCUAGACCCAACCUGCGCCAUGUAUGUGUAUGUGUCCCAUUAUACCAUAGAAACCAAACUAGGUAGCCAUUAACUUUUGAAUCUACGUCCAUCAUCAGGUCAGCACGCGAGCCUAUUCCCGAGGGUCUGGAUAACUUACGUGCAAUAUGUCGUAUCUCCAUGUAAAACAAAUCACUGAAUCUCAACAUCCUCGCCCUCUUGCGCCGCCUUUUCCUCAACAACCGGAGCAUCUAUCCUCAUAUUAGCCUCUUUUCUCGCCCCAUUCCAUCAUUUCAUGGCGCUAAAUCUUCAAAUCGUC